CUACUUUUGCUUCCCUUAACAGUCAACUGAGAAUUUUGGUUCUUUCCCUAUUGCCGUCAACUAUUUCUGAUCCUAAAAACCUUGGGACAGUGCUUCACUUCAUAUAUCUCAGUGGAGAAGGUAUGGGCGGUGGCAUCAGGCAACUCCUCGAGCAGGUACACAGGCUUUCAAGGAGAAGCUUGUUCAGAGUCCUAUCAAUGGGUCCUUUGCCCACCCAUCUCGCCUUUAUCAUGGAUGGGAACCGUAGGUACGCCAAGAAGCGCGGUCUAGAAGACGGGUCUGGCCACAAAGCUGGGUUCUCUGCUCUUAUGUCGAUGCUGCAGUACUGCUACGAGCUGGGUAUCAAGUACGUGACGGUAUACGCGUUCAGCAUAGAUAACUUCAGGAGAAAGCCUGAGGAGGUUCAGUCUCUUAUGGAUUUGAUGUUGGAAAAGAUCAAGUCUUUGCUUGAUAAAGAGAGCAUCGUGCAUGAGUACGGCAUACGGGUUUAUUUUAUCGGUAACUUGGGGCUUUUAAACGACCAAGUGAGAGCUGCUGCGGAGGAAGUCAUGAAGGCCACGGCUAAGAAUAGUAGAGUGGUGCUUCUUGUCUGCGUUGCUUAUAACUCCACAGAUGAGAUCGUACAAGCUGUCAAGAGAUCUUGUGUGGAGAAGGCGGAUAGGGAUGUGGAGAGGAUUCAGCUGGUGGAUAUUGAGGAGAACAUGCAGAUGAGCGUGGCGCCGGAGCCUGAUAUACUGAUCAGGAGUUCAGGAGAGACGAGGCUGAGCAACUUUCUUUUGUGGCAAACGGGUAACUCUCAGCUCUUCUCUCCGGAUGCUCUGUGGCCUGAGAUUGGCCUGAGGCAUCUGGUGUGGGCUAUAUUGAACUUCCAGAGAAGCCACUCAUACUUGGAGAAGAAGAAGAAACAGUUGUAGCUUUUCUUUUUUUGGUCAUGUGGUGAUCUUCUUGUGGUAUACUGUCAAAACAGAAACUUUGGAUAAACAUAGAACAUGCAAUGUAUUUUACACACAACGAAACGCUCGUUUGGAAUGUCUUGACAAGAUUAACUUGGAAUGUCUUGAUUGA